AAACGCGUAGCGGAAGAAAACGCAGAUCAUUAAAAAUGCCUCAAGCUCCCACCAUUCCUCUUCUUACUCCUUACAAAUUGGGAAACUUCAAUCUGUGCCAUAGAGUAGUUUUAGCACCGCUCGCCCGAAUGAGAUCAUAUGGCAAUGUUCCUCAACCACAUGCUAUCUUAUAUUAUUCUCAAAGAACCUCCAAAGGCGGUCUUUUAAUAGCUGAAGCGACUGUAGUUUCUGAUACCACUCGGGGGUAUCCUGAUGUACCGGGUAUAUGGACAAAAGAGCAAGUUGAAGCAUGGAAACCCAUCGUUGAUGCUGUUCAUGCCAAAGGUGGAAUCUUCUUUUGUCAGCUUUGUCAUGUGGGGAGGGUUUCAAAUCGAGAUUUUGAUGGGCAAGCUCCAAUUUCUUCUACUGACAAGCCUUUGACCACUAAGAGACUUGAUGGUGAACCAUUCACUCCUCCAAGGCAGCUAAGGACAGAUGAAAUUCCUCAAAUUGUCAAUGAUUUUAGAGUUGCCGCAAGGAAUGCUAUUGAAGCUGGUUUUGAUGGAGUUGAGAUCCAUGGGGCUCAUGGUUACCUAAUUGAUCAGUUUCUGAAAGAUCAAGUGAAUGAUCGAACAGACCAAUAUGGUGGAUCCCUUGAGAAUCGUUGUCGAUUUGCUCUGGAAAUAGUGGAAGCUGUUGCUAAUGAGAUAGGAGCAGACAAAGUUGGAAUAAGGCUAUCUCCUUUUGCAGACUACAUGGAAUCUAGAGACUCUAAUCCAAAAGCAUUGGGGCUUUACAUGGCAGAGUCCUUAAACAAAUAUGAGAUUCUUUAUUGCCACAUGGUCGAGCCAAGAAUGAAGACUGUUGGAGAAAAAAGUGAAUCCCCGGACAGUCUUCUGCCAAUGAGGAAGGUUUUCAGGGGUACUUUCCUUGUUGCUGGGGGUUAUGAAAGGGAAGAUGGGAACAAUGCCAUUGCUGAAAACCAUGCUGAUCUUGUUGUUUAUGGUCGUUUGUUUUUGGCCAAUCCAGAUUUGCCAAAGAGAUUUGGGCUCAAUGCUCCUCUCAACAAGUACAACAGAGAUACAUUCUACAUCUCUGAUCCUGUUGUUGGUUACAUUGAUUAUCCAUUUCUUGAAGAUAGUACUGCAUGAUGUAAAAGGGAAAAUUGGAAAAAUUGGUUUAUGGGAUUGCUAGAAUUUAAUUUUAUGAGUUAGUGGUAUUGUCUUUUGUAAUUAAAUAAAUAGGUGAUUGUGUCAAUAAAAUGGGCGUCGCCCUAAGGUUUAGUUUGUUAGUCUAUAAGUCUAUCUUGUACUCUAAUAAAUUAAGAGAGAUUUUGAUAGAAUAAAAUUACGAGGAAAUUAUUCUCUCUC